UACUAACAUGGAGUUAAAACCAUUCCUUACAAAACAACUUACUUUGAAGAAAGCUAUCCCCCAAAUUACCUCAGCUGACAGAGUCAAAAGAUCAUUAUUAAGUCCAAUCGUCAAGGGAGUCAGACACCCAAAGAUUUCUCUUAGGGAAAAGGCAUCUGCCGGGAUUAACAAAGUUUGUCUGAGCAAAUCAGCCAAACUCCAAAACCAGAAAUGAGGAGUUGAGAAGUUGUCACUCCUGAGCACAGAAAACUUACCUCAAAAGCUCAAACUUAGCUUGAGAAAGUCUCAGAAAGCCAAAUCUCAUAAGGUUCCUAAAACAAGUGAAAUGAAGAACAUCAUCAAGGCUAUAGUCUCUUCGAAGAGAGGAAGAAGGAACAUCAGAACUCACCACAGAAACACUUGUAAAAGAAAGUCUAGAAGAGUAUUCUCUGCUGAGCCAAUUGAAACCGACCAACACCAGAUGGACGAAGAAGAUAUCAAUAAAAUUAUGGAAGUCCACAACAGAAUGAUCAAGCAUGUGAACUUGAAGUUGAGACAGAAUAAGAUCAUGAACGGAAGAUUCUUCUCUCCUCAUGUUCUAAGACAGAAGGCUUCAAUCUUUCAAAGAUUAAGCGACUCUUCAAACACAGAAGGCUCAGAUAUUGACAAGAGGAAUGAUGCUAUUGAUGAAGAAAGAAAGCUUCCUCUGAUCAAAGACUGAAGUUCUACUCAAUAACUUGCCUAAAACUUAAUUACUCACUACUAAUUACUUUUACUUUC